AUGGAUAACCCCUCUCUUCUCCAGAGAUGGCUUGGGGAGAAUUUUAACUCUCAGACACACCCAGUACUUAAGCCCAGGACGCCCCUGAGUUUCCUUGCCCCAGAAUCCAUGCGUUUAAAUCCUGUGGCGCGUCGGGGCCACCCCCUGAGGAGGCCUCCUCAGAGCCAGUCCGUCCAUGGAGUUCAUGUGCAGCUCCAGCUCUCUGGGGCUUUGACCCCUGAAGACCAGGAAGGGGCAGUGGUGGAGGGGAAGGCGGCAGACCCAGGCCAGCUCAAGAUGCCCCACGGCCUCACAGGGAGCCACUGGCUGCCCACAGCAGGCCCUGGGGGUGGAUGA